GGGCGGGGCCCUGGGGCGGGGCUUCCGGGAGCGGGCUGCACUUGCGCACUGCUGCCGCCCUGUCGCCGUGGUGAGAGGCGCGAUGGCUGGGCCCGCGUGGAUGUCCAAGGUCUCUCGGCUGCUGGGGGCACUCCACAACCAAAAACAGGUGACCAGAGGCUUUGCUGGUGGUGUUCAGACAGUGACUUUAAUUCCAGGAGAUGGCAUUGGCCCAGAAAUUUCAGCUGCAGUUAUGAAAAUUUUUGAUGCUGCCAAAGCGCCUAUUCAGUGGGAGGAGCGCAAUGUCACUGCCAUCCAAGGACCGGGAGGAAAGUGGAUGAUCCCUCCAGAAGCCAAGGAGUCCAUGGAUAAGAACAAGAUGGGCUUGAAAGGCCCUUUAAAGACCCCGAUAGCAGCAGGCCACCCAUCCAUGAAUUUAUUGCUGCGUAAAACAUUUGACCUUUACGCAAAUGUCCGGCCCUGCGUCUCAAUUGAAGGUUAUAAAACCCCUUACACUGAUGUAAAUAUUGUCACCAUCCGAGAGAAUACAGAAGGAGAAUACAGUGGGAUUGAGCAUGUGAUCGUGGAUGGCGUGGUGCAGAGCAUCAAGCUCAUCACCGAGCAAGCGAGCAGGCGCAUUGCUGAGUUUGCCUUCGAGUAUGCCCGCAGCCGCCAUCGGAGCAGCGUCACCGCGGUGCACAAAGCCAACAUCAUGCGAAUGUCAGAUGGGCUUUUUCUGCAAAAAUGCAGGGAAGUUGCAGAAAACUGUAAAGAUAUUAAAUUUAAUGAGAUGUACCUCGAUACUGUAUGUCUGAAUAUGGUCCAGGACCCGUCCCAGUUUGAUGUUCUUGUCAUGCCCAAUUUGUAUGGAGACAUCCUUAGUGACCUGUGUGCAGGGUUGAUCGGAGGUCUUGGCGUGACACCAAGUGGCAACAUUGGCGCCAACGGGGUCGCGAUCUUCGAGUCGGUUCAUGGGACGGCCCCUGACAUUGCAGGCAAGGACAUGGCCAACCCCACGGCCCUCCUGCUCAGCGCCGUGAUGCUGCUGCGCCACAUGGGACUUUCGGAGCACGCGGCAAGGAUUGAAGCCGCCUGUUUCGCUACGAUUAAGGAUGGGAAGAGCUUAACAAAAGAUUUGGGAGGCAACGCAAAAUGCUCAGACUUCACAGAAGAAAUCUGUCGCCGAGUAAAGGAUUUAGAUUGAGACGUCUGCCAGUGGUGUUUGCAUCAGUCACUCCUCAUGGACACCGUAUGACCCUACAUGAGAGCACCUCUCAUUGUGUGUGCAUUUUGCUUGCUUGUUUCUUGACGGAGUACCUUUCUAAUCCUUGCGUUUUGCUUAACAAAGUCUGUGCAGAGGACACAGGUGAUGACCGUAGACCUCUUUCAAGGACUUCCCAAAUGCUGUGUUAUUUAUUAACUGUCCAUCUGGGAUACAUCUGUCAACUGUAAGUGGACUGUAUCAUUGCCAUUAUUAACAUUUACACAUCAGUUAAAACAGUUUGUCUCAGCUGUAAAUAUGCAGAGUUAAUAAGAGAAAUGUAACUUUUUAUAGAAAAACCCUGAUUUCCUUGGUUUAUGAAAAAUGUAAUAGAAAUAAAACAGAAUAUUGACAUCAUGGCACAAGACAUUCUAACACGUACAAGAGAAAUUUUGUGGGAAUGUUCACAUUGUAAACAAUGAAUGUGGUGUAUUUCUUAGUGACGAGGAAAAUGAAGACAGAUUUGUCCUUUACACAAAUUAGUGAGUAUGAAUGAAGACUGAGAUUUAAGGAGUAUAUAAUGAAAGGUGAUAUAAUUUCUGUUAAUAGGAGGUAAUAUAUUUGGUACUGCAUAGUUCAAUUGUUAUCUUGACAUUUACUCUUUUUAGUGAGAGCUUUUAGUGAAGUGAAGGGUGGCACUUCCUUUUUAAUGGACACACACUGAGCUUCAUGUGUAACACAGCCCUUGAGCCGUCCUGACCCUGGGUGGGGCGUGGGGGUGACUGGGUGCCUGCACGACAGUGUGCAGGCCACUGUCAACAUGGGCUGAAAACCCUGGGUCACGUCUGUUCUGGCUACCGUUGUGGAGGUGGGGCUGCCGGCUGCUGAUUUCAUAUUUUAGUGGCUGCCCCUCCCCAGAACACCAUCCCCUGCCCUCUGCCCCAUAAGAGAUGGGAUUGGAGACUGGAGCAGACCCAGCCUGUGUCAAUUCCGAAAAUGGUGCAGCCCUGGGGCUCAGGCUCAGCUUUUGACAUUUAGGCCCCUCCUUUCCCUGUCUGUUCCCUGCCCCCAGCACGAUUCUUUAGUCUUCAGCAACGAAGUGCUGUUUUCAUGAGCAGCCGCUGUGACGGCACCUGGAGGCAGGCCUGCCCUCCCUUGCCCCUGCGCAAGGUGGACCUGCAGCCUUGCAUGGUGAACCCUGAUUACAGGGUUCUCAGCAGCAGACAUCCUGUUUGGGUGUCCUUGUAGCUGUGACCAGACACACAGUCUUGUAUAGUAUUUUACUUACAAGCUUCCCCAUCCUUUGCUUUACUGGACUACCUAAUUACCAGUGAUUCUUGGAUUCACACUAAUAAAGGAUCCGCACAAGA